UCCCCCAGAAUGUCCCGACCGUCCAAACACUCAAACUUAAACAUUGCAAAAUCUCGCACCAAAAACUUGCCAGGGUUCACCUCGAUGCCCUUAGGGAAAAACCUGAUACUACCACCCAUACCAAUUACCAAAAGUUAUAAGUUACAGCCUCUGAAGAAAGACCAUAGGGAGCCUGAAAAAUUACCCGAACAUUUUAUUAAGGGACCAAUCAGGAUCGAGAGAGAACUAAUCUCUAAACAGAACCGCUUACGUUAUAAAACUGCCUCUUUGGCGUUGCACAGGGUGAACAUGUUGGAUGCUGUAGACGAGGUAGACGAAGAGUGGGAACAACUCAAGGAGAAAGAAGAAAUGCUCAGAUCUACUUUUAUCGAGUUCCAACGCUUCUUGAGAAUGAACUUGUAUAAGAGAGAAAGAUUCAAGGAAGAACACCAUCAGCACAUGGUGAUGAUAAGGAAGAAGAGCAUAGAAAUACAAGUGUUGAUGAAAGAUGUGGAAGAAAUGAGGAAGGUGCGUCUGCUCAUGAGACAUAAAAUAAAAAAAUACGAAGACAAAUACUUGCACUUCCUGCUAUCGACGGUACGUCAAAGCAACAAAUAUCAGGAGAUCCAUGAGAUGAUGAACACCUAUGAAACUCUCGUAAAAGCCAAGGAUUCCAUCUGCAGUAUGGAGAUGGAAAGCGUUCGGACCUUCGUCGAAUACAAGGAUAGAUUCCUGAAGAUGGCAUUUGAAAAGCAGCUUCAGAUAGAGAAGAAGGAGUUGAUGAUCGAUCGAUUAUUGCCGGCCUUCAUUGAGGCCAAAUCUAGAGCUCACCAGGCGGAAGUGACGAUACGAAAUGUCGUCGAAGAAAUAACGAAGUUCGAAGUGGAAGCGGAAAGAACGUUGGGUGCGAUCUACACAAUGUACAUGUUCAUUUGUCGCAGAAACUGUGCGGUUCCUCUGUUCGGGAAAGGAGACUACGUCGCACAUUUGCCAUUCAUCAAAUGGGUCCUUGGCAACGUCGAAAAGGUCAAAAGGAAGCUUGGUCUGGACCAUAAGGAGAAAGUUGUAAGAUGGAAAAAAGACUGAGAUUGUUUUCUAUUUUUUUACUGGUUUUAAGUUGUUUUGUUCUGUGAUUAACGUUAUGUGGUUUAUUUUCGUUUACUAUUAAGUGUAAAUAUGUAUGCUUUUAAGAAGUAUAAGUAUUCCUCAUAUAGUA